CAUCUCUCAUACAAAAUACUCCCACCACCACAAUGACACAAUGCAAAGCCCUAACAACCCCCAACACAAUGUGGGAUUUCUGCCCCUCCCUCGCCGCAUCCUACCUCUUCACCAUCCUCUUCGCCCUGACCACUCUCGCCCACAUCGCCCAAGCCAUCCUCCACCGCAAAUCCUACUGCUGGGUCAUCGCCAUGUCCGGGCUCAUCCAAACAGUCACGUACAUUUUCCGUGUCCUCAGCAUCCUCAAUCCCGCCAGCUACACCGACUACGCCGCAUGGUUCGUGCUUAUUCUCAUCGCACCCCUUUGGACAAACGCCUUCGUGUAUAUGGUCAUGGGUCGGAUGGUGUGGAAUUUCACGGAUGAUGCAAGGGUUCUGCGUGUGCGGCCGUGGCAUUUUGGGUUGUUUUUUGUGGUUUUGGAUGUUAUUGCAUUUAUAAUCCAAGUCUACGGCGCCGCCCAAGCAGCCGGGAAUAACGUAUCAUAUGAUACCGAAAUGACGGGAUUGCAUAUCUACAUGGGUGGUGUUGGGAUUCAGCAGCUAUUCGUUCUGGUCUUUAUUUUCUGUGCAAUUGCCUUUCAUCGCAAGAUUCUGGCUCAGAGACGAGAUGAUAAACAUCAGGCAUUGUUGCUGCUUUAUGUGCUUUAUGCGUGUUUGGCUUUGAUUACUAUGCGAAUCAUCUUCCGGUUAUGUGAAUACGCCCAAGGAUUGGAUAGCUCUAUCCCCCUGCAUGAAGCAUAUCAGUAUUGUUUGGAUUCGGUGCCGAUGUUGUUGGCGUUGGUGUUGUUGAAUGUGGUGCAUCCGGGGAGGAUCAUGCCCGGGGUGGAUGGGGAUAUGCCGGGGAGGAAACAGAGGAGGAGAUUGGGGGUGGAUAGUAAGGCGGGGGUGUUGGGGGUGGGGAAUGAGUUGGUUUGA